UGCGGCGAUUAAUGGCUGGCCGGUGGCAAAUAAAUAAAGCCCGAUUCCCCAGCAACUCCAACAGUUCCCAACAUGUCGCUAUAUCGCCCGGAAUUCUCCACAUCGGAGCAGUUGAGAAUCGACGCGGAAUUCUCUAGAUUGGCCAAGAACAAGAGUGUUUACCUGGAUCAUGCGGGCACCACUCUAUAUGCCGAGAACCAGGUGAAAGCCGCCGCGGAGCAACUGCAGCGGAAUGUCAUCUGCAAUCCGCACACCUGCCGCCUCACCGGCGACUUCGUGGACCAGGUGCGCUUCAAGGUUCUGGAAUUCUUCAACACCACCGCCGAGGAUUACCAUGUGAUCUUCACGGCGAAUGCGACAGCUGCUCUGUCCUUGGUGGCGGAUAACUUUGACUUUGGAUCCUCGGGAGACUUUCACUUCUGCCAGGAGAAUCACACCUCAGUGCUGGGGAUGCGCGAAAGGGUCCGGGCCAAUGGUAUAUACAUGCUGAAGGAGGCGGAAAUCUCUGCGGGAUUGGCCAACGGAAAGGGGAAAGUGCUUCAGGAGGAAUCCUCGAGAAGAACGGGCAACUCGCUGGUGACCUUUUCCGCCCAAUGCAACUUCAGUGGCUACAAAAUCCCACUGGAAGCCAUAGGAAGGAUCCAAACGGAUGGUCUGCCGCAGGCGGGCAAACGAAUUUGGGGUUCUGGGGAUGAGAAGAAGGAUACUACGCACAACGACUACUAUGUGUGUCUGGAUGCCGCCUGCUUUGUGGCCACCAGUCCCUUGGAUCUGCACAAAUACCAACCGGACUAUGUUUGUCUGAGUUUCUACAAGAUCUUUGGCUAUCCCACGGGUGUGGGAGCCCUCCUCGUGAGUCGUCGCGGAGCGGAGGCCUUCGGAAAGCGUCGCUUCUUUGGCGGCGGCACCAUCAACUAUGCCUAUCCGCAUGCCAUGGACCACCAGCUGCGGGAGUCCUUUCAGCAGCGCUACGAGGACGGCACCCUGCCCUUUCUGUCCAUUGUCGCCCUGCUCGAGGGAUUCCGCACGCUGGAGAGACUGGUGCCCAAGGCGGAGGGACUGGGCACCAUGGAGAGGAUCUCCAGGCACGUUUUUGGCCUGGCCCAGUAUUUGGAGGAGCAGCUGACUGAGCUCGAGCAUCCCAAUGGCGAGAAACUUAUCCAGCUGUACAACAAGGUGGGCUACCGGGACAAUUAA